CAGCGGCCUCUGCGGGCGGCUGCGCAGCACUGCACGGCGCGGACCCGGAUCGCAGAUCGUUGCCCGCAGUUGUCGUGGCCUGGGUCAACCCUUGAGGAUCUUGGCAAGCCCUCUACAGCGGAAGAAAGGAGCAGUCCUGACGCUGAGCUCUCACCAUGUCUCAGGAGGAAUUUGAGAAAGCUGCUGCUAUGGUCCGGGAAAUGAAGGUGCCAAACUCAGACCAAGAAAAAUUGGAGAUUUACAGUCUCUACAAACAAGCCACCGUUGGCGACAUCAACAUCCCCUGCCCUGCUGCAACUGAUGUAAUAGGCAAAGCCAAAUGGGAGGCCUGGAAUGGACACAAAGGGAUGGGCAAGGCUAAUGCCAUGAAGAAUUACAUAGCAAAAGCAGAAGAGCUGAAAAAAAAGCACGUAGCUAAAAAUUAAGUGUUCACAGAUAUCAGGCAGCCAUGUGGCAUUAGCAGGCUUUUGACCCAACAUCCCUGUUAGGGAGUUUCCUCUCACCCCUUAGAUCAAUGUAGAGUAGCUGCCAAGCCAAUACAACUGUAAUCAGCAGCCAUGGAGUGUAUAUGACUGAAAAAGUUGUGCAUGGCCUUUGAAAGUCUAUACGAGUGUGGAAGUUCAUUUUAGGAUAAGGAUCGUUCAGUCAUUGUUUAUGAUUUCUGGUAAACUCUUACCGAUACUUAAGAGGCUUACUUCCCAAGCCAGUGUAUUUGCUUAAAGGAACACCCUCCCUUUGAAAAACACAUUACUGUCUGUCAGUGUUGCACUUACCAGAGUUACAAGUGCUGCUCAAGCUUACUGUACAUAAAGGAACGUGGUGGGCUGUUUGACUUUGUGCAUUGGACAGCACUUUGUACAGUUUCUCCCUUACUAAAAUGGGCCUGUGGAAAUCAGACAAUUAAACAAGAAACCACAUUGCCAAUAUGUAAUCCUGGGGUGUGGAGAAGACACACCAUAGGCAGCCUUUACAAGGUCAAAUGUUGUGCAAUCAUUAAUCCAGAACAGGUCAGGGUUAAUCUAGACACAAUCUCUCCCUCUCCACAUUAACUUCCUUUUAACGCUUCAGAUUCUGUGCUGAAGCUCAGUUCCUAACGAAGCAUAUCAGUUUAGCAAGCUAAAGCGAUACAACCCCAUGGCAAACCUUUAAUUUAGAAACCAUUCCAUCUCUCUCUCACUGGUGCCAGGGUGGGAGGUUGUUACUAGAUAUAUGCAAAUAAAAACUGUAUGAUGGGGGCUCAUUGAGAAGUCAGCAGCUCUCACUCCCCACUAUAAGUUAAUUGCUAUGGCAAAGAUUGUGAUGACAUUAGAAUGAUGAUGCCAAGGACCAAGAAGCAGAUGAAUUCCUCACCAUCCCAGUUGCCCUUUUCAGGUACUUGCCCCUCUAAACAAAACACAGGAUUACUUCCAAGUGUGUUAUUUACAAAACCUUCCAUGUGCCCUUCACACAUGCAGCACCACGGCUGCUGCUGUAAUUGGUAGAAUUCCAUUUUCACUUUACUUUACAGCAGCAGGUUGGGAUGUAGACAGAGGUUGGCCACUCUGCUCUUCUGAUUCAAUGGAACUUUUUCCAACGAGCUUAAACUCAUCUACUACAGAAGACAGAAAUAGACCGGCCCAGGCUGGGGAAUGAACUCUUCCACCAACUAAGGAACCACAUCAAACCUCACCAUCUUCUGCCCCAAGUGCAAGGUGUAUUUCUUUGACCUUGCCCUCUGUAACAAACCUAUAGCAAAGUGGCAUGUAUUUAAUAUAUAAUUGAAAAAAACAGACACCCAAACCCCACUUCACUGCAUGCACUUCUGCCCCUGCUGAGAUGAAGAAAGAAGAGACACAUGACAAACAUCAGUGACUUUGUGCAUGACUGGAAUGCGUUUAGGCCCAAAUCCACAAAAGGUAUUUAGGCACCUAAUUCCCAUUGAUUUCAAGGGGAGUUAGGCACUUAAAGACCUUUGAGGAUCAGGUCUCCAACUACAUUAAGGAGCAGGCUCUAGGACAAUAUAUAGAAGAGUGUACAGAAGGAACUUUGUCAUUGGCACAGAUGAUCACACCCGUUAAAUUUUACCAGUCAUGAAAAGCUGGAUUUUAAAAUUGAACUGCCGUCAGUGGCAGCCACAUUUCAUUGUAGUCAAAGUCCAAGUUCACAAACAGCAGCCACCUGGUUUGAGUUUAAUAAUAAGAAAGUCUCCAUUUCACUUUCCUGGCUGUCCUGCCAACUGUGUCUUUUAAAAGGUAAAUGAUACAAAGAUAAACCCAGAGCUUAGCCUGAGAUUGUUACAGCAUCCAACACAUUAUUAAAAUGAACCCACCUCUUUGUUGUGUGUUUGUACAGCACUUAGGAGCCUAGGGCCCUUGUUUGUGGGCACCAGACACCACCACACUGAUAUAUAUUAUUUCAUACUGGGCUGUGUGAACUGACAGGUUGAGAUCCAACCAUUUGAGAAUAAAAGCGAGCAUGCUACUCCUGACACCGGGAGUACAUUCAGAUCCCAUUUCAAUACAAAAAUUAGAGCCAGAUCAUUACAGUGUCAUGCACAGAGUCUGAAGCUUUAUGUGUGGUUAAUGCAUCUUCACAUCAUGUUAUGUUUUAGUUGUAUGGUAUCUGAGGCACUUCAAUCCAGGCAGAGCUUUUCAGGCAUCUGGCAGCACUGCCUGGCUGAGAUGGUCAGGGGAUUCUCCCCGCCCCCGCCAUUGAUUGUUUCAGGCAUUCCCCAGCACUGUGAUGUCAUCACAUGCAGGACCCAGGCUGUGACUCAACCUAGAGGCACCACAGAAGGGGGGCUCAGCAAGAGAAGGAGGGGGCUGAGACACCCGGAGCAUUCACUUUGCAGAGACAGUUACAGCAAGCUGCUAUUUGAGAGUUCACACAACUGUGGAAGUCCAUUUCAGUUUAAGAAUAGGCCAGCCAUUGCUGAGGAGGUCUAUUAAACUGUUACCAAUAAUUCAGACUUAAUUGAUAAACUACGAAAGCGUAUUGGCUUAAACAACACCCUCCAUUUGAAAGUGACAUUACUAUCUGGAAAUGUUGCACUUACCUGAGUUAGAAGGGAUACUUAAGCUUACUGUACAUUAAGGAACUUGAUGGAAAAUAUUGCUAUUGUUUUGACUGUAUGUGAUAGCUUUCCAUACUCAGCUGCACCCUUACUGAAAAGGGUCUUUGACACGAUCCCUUUAAAAGUGAACAGAUGUAAUAGUAGGUUAAGACAAUAUCCAGCACAUGCUCAGAACUAAACAGUUUUAAACUGGGCUUUGAGAAUGUCUCAGUGAACAACAGCUGAGAUCCAACCCUCCAGAGAUAAGUCUGAGCGUAUUAUUCCCAACACCUACUGUAUGUUCACAGUCCAUUUCAAUAUGAGCAUUAGACAAAUCUGUAGUAUUAUGCAGAGUGUGAGGCCCAAGGGGUUUGGUGCAUUUUCACAUCACAAUAUAAAUACAGAUGUUUUAACUGAAAGAUAUUCCAAGCAGUCCUUUCUCCCGUGUAGAUCAUAGACCUAGACAGGAUGAUGCAGUGACUUUUAGAGUUCUGACAGUACUGCACACUGCAAGAGAAAAGGUUAAUAAGUUUUGUCUUACAGUAGAGGACCGAAAUAAUUAGAGCCUCGGAAUAACUCUUUUGAUGUGUGCAUUCAUGAAAGCAGGUUGAAAUAAGAAACCACAGCAAAAGAAAUUUAACACACUCCUCUCUACAGCUUCCCUCUUCCAGGCCUGUUACCCACGUAUAGAGCAGAUUAUGUUAAACAGUAACUAUUACCUGCAAAUGAAAUGGCAAUCUGCACCGCGCAGCUGAGGCAAGCGGAAACAUUUACUUCUUCAACAAAUAGCAUUUUUGUUCAAGUGUUUCCUUGUUGUCUAGUAUAAUUUGCACAGAAAUAAGCUCCCAUGUACUCCAAUAUAAUCGUUAGCCUUAGUUCUGGAUACAUUAAAGUCAGAGUGUGCAUUCAAUGUAAUCUAAACCACACCUAAAUUCAAAGCUCCCUCCCCAUACUGAAUACCUAGUCUCACGUGUAGUAUCAAUUACAAAGAAAAAGGCACUGUUAGAAUAAAUUCUUAAGAUAUCAGGGGUCAAAGUGAAAGACCGGUAACAAACUUAACACUACCACUAUUAAAAACGGAGGGGGAAAGGACAGUAAAGGGCCCACUAUUACUCCAACAUUGAGCUACUUUUUCUUUCAAGUCUCUUGUUAAAGUUGCUUGUUUUGUUUUAGUUUUACAAUUGCUACCUAGUUGAACUGAAAAAAAUUUAGCCCAAACUUUCUGAAACAAAAAAAUACCAAGAAGCUGAAUGUUAAGUGGCCCCUUUCUGCUUAAAUCAAAGACUAAUUUCAAAUAUUUUGGUGUUUAUUAUGUUAAGAAAUUGGAUGAAAGUAAGUGGGUGACAUUUGCUUGCUAGUUGAUUUUUGCUCACUUGUUUUUGUAACACAAGAGGCUAAGUGAACUUUUCCCAGAGAAUUAUCAAAAACCAGUAAAUGUAUGCAACAAGUAUAUUGUAGAUAUUUAUUCAGAACGUGCUGAUUCUACAGUUCCAUCAGCAACAGCAGGCAUUCAAGUCAGUUCAACCCAAAAGACGACAAGUUGUUAAAUUAACACACUUAAAGCUAAUUUCAAGACAGCUAUCCAUUUGUCACUUUACUCUUCCCCUCUCCCAGAUAAUAAAGUCUGACUGGCUCUAGUUUGCUACAUAACCCCCAUUUGGAAUGUCAAGUGUUUGGUGCACUGCAGUUAGCAGAUAGAUAUAAUGCAGCUUAAGGUGCAUGGAAGCCAUAGGACAGACCUAGUCCAAUAAGGCCUAUCAGGGAAUCCUCAGCUUUUCACAUUCUCCAAAAUAACCUCAUUUCCUCUGGCCUGAAAGGAUGGUUUGAGACAGAGCCAGGAUUUUAUGCUGAGUGGGGAAAUGGAAGAACAGUUACACUGGCAGUACAGAGACAAAACACAGCUUUUGAAGAGGUAAUGAGCAUAUUUCUCAGCUGUACCAAUGAAGUCACACAUUUUAAACUCUGUAUUGGUUCUUCCCAUAUCAGUUCCUGCAUCAUUCUUUAGAAAUUCUGACCCAGGAAACAUACUGGUUAAUGUGUCUAAGAAAGAAAAAAAAAAUCUAAUUCCACCCAUUGAUUUUGCCCAGUAUUUUAAGGUCUAUGUCGCACCUUUGUGUCUUGAUGGUUUGAAAGCUCAGAAGCUUGGACUAUGUAUUUUACCUUCUGUUGAUUCAGGCAUUUAUACUAUGCUCAUCACGGUGCUCUCAUUAGUACUGCAGUGAUUUAUUUGUUUAAUGUUUAUUUGGAAAAAAAGAUAAGCUAUGCUCAAACAUUUUACUCAUAUGCCAGCUCAUAGCAACUGAGCUAUCCACCUACAUUUGGCUUCAGGGAGGUUUUUCUCAGAAUCAAAACCUAGAUGUCAGCCUGAGGGUUUAGAUAGGGAAACUGACCUGCACAGCUACAGCAGGACACCUAUUCCACUAAGAGCUAGAUAUUUAUUAUUAUAAUUAUGCUAAUCAAUUUUCCCAUGUAGACAAGCUCUCAGUUCCAGAUUAAAUCUAUGUCAUAAAAACAGAAACAUUUGCACUGUUCACAACAAACAGUAGCUAACCAAAGGCUUUUUCUUUUCCAUGUGCAGCAGACUGAGCAUUGCUAAAGCCACUGACCUUACAAAAUGCUCUGUAACAUACACAACAAGUCUAUUUGCUAUUAUACCACCAUUAAUGUUGUCCCUUUCACUUCAUGGCAAUAAGUUCUAGAGUUGUCCAAUACAUUUUCCAUGAAUGGAACCAACCAUCAAUAUAACAUUUACUUUAUUUUUUAACCUAUACUUUGCUUUGAAAGCAAGUAUUUCAACACUUCCAAAGAGCUUUUUUCCACCCAGCUCUGAACCACGAAUUUUUAUUCAGUUAGGUUUAGCAGCAUGAAUUAUUUGGAAGACAACUGCUAAUUAGAAUAAAAUACCAUAGUUUAAUCUAAUUAGUUAGUGUUCUGAUCCUCCCCCUUGCCAGCGUUCUGUUUUAGUGCAUGCAGUAAAUUCAUUCUGGUCUUAUUCAGCAGGGUGAAUUUGAAAUGGAGUUAUUCUUCACUCCUAAAUCCCUGCAGAAAGAUAGCUCAGUACACAUCCUGCGAUAGAUAUAUGCUACCUAAAAUACC